GUAAAUGAAAGGAUUAUCAUUGUGCAAGCACAUGUCUUUUUAUGUGUCAGAGGGGAGUCAAUUCAAAGGCCCAUUUGCAUUUGCUGUGCCCGGGAAAUGGCUACCGAGCAUUGCUCAGUUAUUCUUCAAAUAAUAAACAGAGGGAAAUGAACGUAGCAUACGAUAGCAUUCCACUCAUCAGUCAUCUCUCUCUCUUCAAUCUUUAAUUUGUUUUUGAAAAAUUAGUUUUUCAUUUUUUUAGACCAUAAAAAGAAUAAAGUUUGAUUACGAUUUCAGCUUCCUCUACCAUACUAUCAGUGAGUGAAAAUGGCUGGACAAGUGGUUGCCAAUCAAUCAAUGUCUAUUUCUGACUUUGAACUUGUUGAGAGAGAUUCUGGUGACAGUGGUGGUAGUGCAGUAGUGUCUUCUAACCAUAUCCACCCUUGGAUCGACCCAGCAACAAUUGAACUCAAGCACAGAAUUGGAAGAGGGCCUUUUGGUGAUGUUUGGCUGGCAACAUAUCACCGUGCAACGGAAGACUAUGAAGAGUAUCAUGAAGUGGCUGUUAAAAUGUUGCAUUCCAUUAAAGAAGAUAACGUUAAAGAUGUCUUGGUAAAGUUGGAGGAUUUACAUUCUAAAUGUCGGGGUUUAGAAAACGUUUUCUGGCUGCAUGGUCUUUCCGUCAUAAGUGAGAAGAUAUGCAUUGUUAUGAAAUUUUAUGAGGGCUCAGUUGGGGACAAAAUGGCUUGCCUCAAAGGGGGAAAGCUCUCAUUGAAUGAUGUUUUGAGGUAUGGCGCGGAUCUGGCUGAAGGAGUAAUGGACUUACACUCCAAAGAGAUCCUUAUUCUCAAUCUUAAGCCUUUUAAUUUCCUUUUGAAUGAACAUGACAGGGCGAUUCUUGGAGACAUAGGAAUUCCGAACGUGUUUCUUGGUAUUUCUCUGCCAAGUACAGAUGUGAUUCAGAGACUUGGUACUCCUAACUACAUGGCUCCAGAACAAUGGCAACCCGAUAUUAUUGGUCCUCUAUCCUUUGAAACCGAUUCAUGGGGGUUUGGUUGCAGCAUAGUCGAGAUGUUGACUGGCAUUCAGCCUUGGAGUGGUAAAUCAAUUGAUGAGAUACACAAACUGGUAGUAAAGAAGCAAGAAAAACCACAUAUACCCAGUGGGCUCCCUCCUGCUGUUGAGAAUGUCAUUAUUGGUUGUUUUGAGUACGACUUCAUGAGUCGCCCUAGGAUGGCGGACAUAUUACACGCGUUUAAAAGUUCGCAAAAUGCUGUUAACCAAGAUGGAAGCUGGACAGGUCUUGGAAGUAGAACUAUAAUAGAAAAACUUGGUGGUAGUAAUUAUACCGAGUGGUUCCUUGCGAAGGAUCAUCUGCAAGUGGGUGACAUGGUACGAUCUAGAAAGUCGCCAAAUUCAUGCAAACUGGAAAACGUGGAUGUUCUGGAGGGAAGUGUAGUUGGUUUAGAAUGUGAUACGGAACGAGAUGGACUUGUUUUGGUGAGAAUGCAUGGACUUAAUGAUCCAAUAAGAGUUCACGCUUCUACAUUAGAACGUGUCACGUUUGGAAUGGCUGCAGGAGAUUGGGUGCUCUUGAAGAAAGAAGACAAGAAGCAUUCGCCUGUGGGUAUUCUUCACUCCAUUGACCGAGAUGGCAAUAUAGCCGUUGGAUUUGUAGGACUAGAGACUCUUUGGAAAGGCAAUUACUCAGAGAUCCAGAUAGCAAAACCUUACCGUGUAGGGAAGUUCGUAAGGCUGAGAUCAAAUGUUUUCAGCCCUCGUUUUGAUUGGCCGUGGAAAAGAAGUGGCGAGUGGGCAGCAGGAAGAAUUUGUCAGAUACUUCCAAAUGGCUGCCUUGUGGUUGAGUUCCCGGGUAGAUUGAUACUUGGUGAUGAAAACAAAAGCUUCUUGGCUGAUCCAGCUGAAGUUGAACUUGUGUCAUUCGACACUUGUCCAGGCUUGGUGAAGAAGUAUCAACAUCUUGAGGACUUUCACUGGGCGGUCAAGCCAUUACUGAUAGCACUGGGUCUGUUUACUGCCAUGAAGCUAGGGCUUCGUGUUGGGAAGAAAUUGGGGAGAUUGAAGCUAAAGAAGGGACGUAAUCACAACAUUCUCAAAGCCAGUUAAAAUUUCAGCAAAAUCACUGCGUAACGCAAAAAUGAGUCUUGAAAUUACAGCAAUCAAAUUGCCCCAUUUUUUCACAAUUACGAAUGCUCCAUGAAAUGUUUUCAUCGAAAUGAAAGAACCCCAUAUCUUGUUCUGGUAGAAUCAUAGAUGCACAACAAGGAAAGGAAAAAAUCAUCUGUUUCAGAUC